UUUUGACUCCUUUUUCAAGUCAGGCUAAAACUCUCAUAACAUAUAAUACUAGGAACUGCAAGCUUCUAUUUAUAGAAUGUCGUUAAAAGAAAGGGGUUGUUGGGCAAUGUGAAAAAGAUACCACAAUGGCAUGUUUAAUGAGAUAAAAGGAUACACUCAAACCUCUCUAUAAUGACAGUAUUUGUCCAGAAAUUUUAUAGCCGCCUCUCUAUAAUGGUAGUAUUUGUUCAGAAAUUUUAUGGCCGCUAUAGGGAGGUUUUGUUAUGUAUUUAUAUUGACUUUUGAUGUUUAGAUCUCAUUUAGAUGCUAUAAAUAAAAGUACGUAAAUAAUUAUUUUUCUAUACUUUUAUGUUAUAAACGAAAAUAAUAUACUUGUUAAUUUUAAAAUCUCAAUUGAUUUUCAUAUCCCAUUAAUUAAGAACAUUAAUAAAUUACUAAUAAAUCCAUAACUAGUUGUACCAUACUGAUAAAGAAUUAAAAUCUAAGAAACAUAUGCAGUUAAAAUUAAUUGAGAAUUUAAAUAUUUCAAAUUUGACGUAAAAAUUCUGCAAUUGUAGGUUUUUUCGUAGAUUCCGGUGUCUUAGUGAUAAUAUAACGCUUGAAUUGAUGAGGCUCUUUUUAAUCAACACUUUCAGUGUCACCUUCUGCAUCCACUAUCUCUUAAAAUUUACUAGUAUGUACAUGACAUUAAUGAUGAUUACAAUAAAUAUUUUAAUAUUUUAUUUUUAUAUAUAACAUAUUUCUUAUAAAAUAUUAUUACAUAAUAUUUGAGUAUGACUGAUAUAGAGAGGUAAUUUUACAUAGAGUGUAUCGCUGUCAUUAUUGUUAUAGAGAAUAAAACAUAACAUGAAAAAUUAGUUUCGGAGAAAAUCAGGCAUUUAUAGUGAAUAUUUCACAUAAAACAAAGCUGGAAACAAAAAAUGUAACCAACCUAUUUCUGAAUCAAAUAACGUCUCAUUAUUAAUUAAGAUUACAAAUUUAACAACUAAACUAACUAUGUUCUAUUCCAAGGAUCAGUGUCUAAAUCCUUACUAUUCAUAUUGCUCCGUUUAAGCUUACCACGGUUUGAUAUUAUUGAAAAGUACUUUCUUUAGUAUUAGUAAUUCUUAAAAUGUCCUAACAUAAAAUUUAAUCCCAAGUAAUUGUUAAUUGCGUAUACGCCUGGUGGAGCCAGAAUUAAUUCCAAGAGAUUGAAAUAGAAAAGGUUUCGUCCGUAAUAAAUGAAAGAAAAUAAACAUAAAAUUUAAUUUACAUCAUUUUGCGAUUAAUGUUCUUUCUAGUUCAUGUAGAUUUAAGAGAAGUAAUAAUUGAUUAGAGUUGGAAAUGGAGGCGUAUAAGGAGUAUGUAGCAGGUCUUAUGGCCGGAAUUGCAACUGUUAUUACUGGUCACCCUUUUGAUACCGUCAAGGUGAAGCUCCAGAAGUACAACACUGAAGCAGGUGGAGUGAAGUACAAGAAUGGUUUGCAUUGUGCUACUAGGAUAUUACAGACGGAAGGAGUCAAAGGGCUUUAUCGAGGAGCCACAUCUUCCUUUGUCGGCAUGGCCUUUGAAAGCUCACUUUCUUUUGGCAUUUAUUCCCAAACAAAACGGUUUCUGCAGGGAGAAGUAGAUGGUGGUAAGCCCCAGCCUCAUGCAAUAGUCCCUUCUGCAGCUUUUGGGGGAGCUAUUAUCAGCUUCAUACUAUGCCCGUCAGAACUGGUGAAGUGUAGGAUGCAAGUUCAGGGCACUGAUUUUAUGGUACCGAAGUCCACUAGAUUCACUGGGCCCCUUGAGUGUGCCCUCAAAACAGUUCAACAAGAAGGGCUUACAGGUAUGUUUCGAGGAGGCUUCACAACCUUGCUGAGAGAAUCUGUGGGCAAUGCUGUCUUCUUUAGUACUUAUGAAUAUACACGAUAUUUCAUGCAUCUACAACUGAAAGGUGCUUCAUCUGAUUCGAGCCAAUUGAUUGAUGUUGGAGUUGGAAUAAUGAGUGGUGGUCUUGGUGGUAUAGCAUUCUGGUCUGCUGUUCUGCCAGUGGAUGUAGCAAAGACGAUAAUUCAAACUACCCCAGAGAACAACCACCCGAGGAAUCCCUUCUCGGUUCUGAAAUUGAUUUACAGGAGAUCUGGACUUAGAGGAUGCUAUACAGGUUUAGGUCCUACACUGGUAAGAGCUUUUCCUGCUAAUGCAGCAGCUAUUGUCGCAUGGGAGCUGUCUGCCAAGCUGUUGGGGAUUAGGCGUGACCAAUAAUUAGUUUUUGAUGCUGCUUAUUCUUCUGCUUGCUGCUGUUUUAAAGCUUUAGUGGCUCUUGACAAGGUUAUCACAUGAUUCUUUUGUCAUGACAUUGCUGCACUACUAAUACUCUGGCACAACACUUCUGAUUUCUUUUAGUGAUUAAUUUAUUUUUAUCAGUCUUUUAGUGAUAUUCAUUUAUCAUCUGUAAUUCUGAGAUUUAUGGUUCUGUCUGUGGUGUUCCUCUCUUCAAAGAAUCAAACAAUUAGUUUCUUAGCUAGAUUUGUGGUUAGCAUUGUUCAAACAUGUUAACAGAAAUUGGAGUGAUUUUCUCAAGACUUCAUUGAGAUGAUUAGCUGCAGAUAUUAUUGAUGUUUCCUAUGGUUAGAAAUUAAUAUCGAAGGAACUAACUGAUAGCCUUACGCACAAGCGGGAACACUUGAUGAAAGAAACCUGUCUGGAACAGUUGUAUCUUAUUAAAAGCAGUUACUACAUCUUAUCAGGGGGGAAACAGUUAUAUCUUACUUAUAAAAAAGAAAGAACAGUUAUGUCUUACACAUUUUCAGUUAUGAAAGAUGGCCUUACUAAUAUGUAAUUCUCCUUGUCAUUACACUUAUUAUUUCUCAAAAAAGGAAGGUAAUUCUCCUUCCUAUUACAUGCUGCAUAAAUUGGAUAUUGUCGGUCAUCAUCAGCCUUCCUUCUGCAAGGAAAGAUCUGAUAUGUGGAGCUUGGUGCAUGUUUUCCUCUAAUUAUGAUCUUCCUCUAUAUAAAUAUCUUAAGAAAUGAUUGGGCUUUUAAAUUUAGAGGAUUUAACUCCUUUCCUCAAGAUUUUGCAGUCUGAAUGCGGAUAUCCAGCUAACAUGUGCCUCAAUUUGAAUAUUAGACAAUCUUGCACCAGCAAGCAGCAGCAAAGAGCAUAUUUAAUACUUGGAGACAAAGUUUAACGUUUAGGCACUGGAAACCAAUAUUACACGACUCUGCAGUAAUUCUUUUAUGUAGGACAAUUUGUUAUGCACUAGUCUAGAAGAACUUGGCCCUUGUGAGCUUUCAGCGUAUUUUGGGCACCUUCAGGUAUAUCGUUCGGUAGAUGUUAGGGUAGCUUGUGAUACAAAGUAUAUGCAGGUGUGAUACUUCGACACACUGUUUUUUUUUUUUUUUUUGGGGGGGCCUGGCACAAGCCAUUUUACGGGCUAAAUAUCAAUAAGGAGAACUCCAAAAGAUGUCAACCUAGUUCUGAAGAUAUCUGGUACAUGCCUUCUCCUAUAAUUUUCUCUGUUUUUCCAUUGAUGGCCAAUUUGAAGUUUGUUUGUUACUGCUUUAAAA